UUACUUGAAUUAUUUUGUUUUCCUUGGCUUUUAGUGAAACAAUUUGACUAUCAUUAUUUGGUGUUUAAUUAAUUUUUCGUAUUAUUUCAACCAGAUUUUUUUACAUCUUCACUGCAUUUUCUUAGCGAACCGUUUGUUAUAUUUAAUGUUGUAUAUUAUGUUCCCUACUUAAAUAUGACAAUUAUUAAUUCUGUGAGUAUACAUCAAUUAGGCUCAGGGAAUGCAACACUCAGGAAACCUACAAAUCUUACCUAACACAUGUGCCUGCAAUUAUGCUAGCAUUUGAAAUGCUUUAAUACUAAUUUUAAACUCAUAAGUAUAUGGAUUAUAGUAUUGUAAAUAUGGCAUACGAACGUUUUGGAAUUCUUCUUCAAAGUGAACAGUACGAUGAAGAUAUAGGCAACACAAAAGUCAAUCGGAAAAUGAAUGAACACGAUAUAAGUAAAGGCAACCACUACGACUUAGACAGAAAAAAUGCGUUUGAUCGAAUUAUUCAUUCAGAAUCAAAAAAAAAUGAUAACGCAAUUAAAUACAACAUUCAUGGAAACGUACAAUUAAAAGCGGCUGAUGAUAUAUUUUCUUCUAAAUUAAGAAUGAACACGAAUAUUGGCUAUGAAAUGAAUAUCAACUGUUUUAAAAAUAUUGGAUAUGGCGAAAAUCAAGAAACUUCGAAAGGUGUAACAAAUAGUUUCUCAAACAAUGAUAUUAAUACAGAAGAGUCUGGUUCUGUCGAUAAAAGUUCACCUUUCCUAAGCUUAGGUACAACCAUACUUAAUUCAAAUGGCAAGUCAAGACGGUGGGAACAAAAGCUUGUUCAUAUUAAAACUAUGGAGGGAGAGUUUAGUGUUACAAUGUGGGCAUCCGGGAUAUCCGACGAUGAAUACUCUGCUUCAGAUCAAAUCGUUGGGGCUUCGGAUUUAUUAAAAGGAAAGGAGGAAUUUGACAUUGAUGGCUUUACGUCUCAACAAAAUAAAGAAUACCAGAAAAUGGAGUCGAAAUUUACAAAUGCACAUACCCUUGAAAUACCUCAUCCUAUAAGCUCAGUUCAGAUAAUGGAUCAUUUAAGAAAGGAAAGGGGAAAUUUGUCCCAUGAAAAUAAUAUUUCCGAAAGAAUUUUAUCCAAGACUACCUUAAGCUUUGAAGAGCCAAUCUUGGUUUCGGAUACUUCAAGUAUUCAGUUGGUUAACGAAACUGCCGCAAUGACAAUUAAUAAUCACAGAAUUUUAAGUAAUCAUACGGACAACACCGGUGAUCUACAUGCCUUGCCCAGCUCACUGCCAGUUCGUAUUGGCUUGCAUGAGGGGCAAGUAAAUGAUUGCUUAUCAACAACAUCACAAUCAACUCUCCACAACACAGACUCGACUGGAUGUGGUGAAAUGAAUCUUUCGGAAGUUACGGUAGCUUAUACAAAUGAUAAAAAAAUAGCUUGCCCACAUAAGGGCUGUAAUAAGCACUUCAGAGACUCAUCUGCGAUGCGGAAACAUUUGCACACUCACGGUCCUCGAGUCCAUGUUUGUGCAGAAUGUGGAAAAGCUUUCGUAGAAAGCUCAAAGCUUAAAAGACAUCAGUUGGUUCACACCGGUGAAAAACCAUUUCAGUGUACAUUCGAGGGAUGUGGAAAACGAUUUUCUCUGGAUUUUAACUUAAGAACACACGUAAGAAUACAUACUGGAGAUAGACCAUUUGUCUGUCCGUUUGAUGCCUGUAGUAAAAAAUUUGCUCAAUCCACGAAUUUAAAAUCGCACAUAUUAACUCAUGCAAAAGCAAAGAGAAAUACCAGCAUUUCGGGGAAAAAUGGUUGUUCAAACGCUGACUCAAACAGCCAGAAUGAAGAUACCUCUGCAAACUAUGUUAAGGUUGAGCUACAGGAUAGUGUUACAGAAAACCAUGUACCGUUUGUGGUAUAUGCAGACUGAAUGUGUAUAUCGACCAACAUUUAGGUGUCCGUGUCUCGAUUAAAUUUGGAACGAUUGCAAAAGUAAUAUUCGUUUCAUUCUUUUAAAGACCUUUUAACAAAUUCCAAAAUUUUAUAAAAAUAUAUUUACUUUUUUUUAAUUUUUACGUAAAAAAAAGAGUCGGUUAUCAUCUUUGAUUUCGACCAAAUUGAUUGAGAACGAAAACCUGAUUAAUGUGGUCAAAAUGAUAUUUAUUACUAAAAAUCAGAUUGUAAUUUAGUACACAGAAAAUUAUAAAUUUGCCCUAACCUGUUCUUUAAAAUCAAUAAUUAUAUGCCGAUUUUUUUUUCUGUAUGCUGUUUGCCAAGCAGGUUUAUUUACAUUUUGUAGUUCUAUUUUUAGAAGUAAGCUCAUGCAACAGUGAAUAAAAGUACGUUAACAGCACAUUUUA